AUGAAUCAAAAUACUACCCCACCACCUCUACCUCAAAACCAACACACUACUACACAUCCUUCAUCUUCUACCCCACCCCCACCCCCAUCACCUUCCUACAUUCCUCCUCCUCCUCCUCGCUCUGACGCCCCUCCCCGCUACGUUUAUAGUCGGCGUCCAAAACCCACCGAAACUCAACAACCUUCACCCAUCACUCACACUUCGACAUCUGUCACUACCUCUCCCACACCGAACCCCACACCGGUACCCCCUACUCAACAAACCCGCACUAUGACAACCCGUAGCAUGACUGGGAACACAAAACCAAAACAACCCCUCAACCUACACACUUCUACUACCUUCGAACCAUUACCCCGUUUCAAUCUGAUUGACAAAGCUUGGGAGAGUUAUCAUGAUGUCAAAUUGAAAGAUAGAAGCUUGAUAUGGAACUCUGACUUGCUAGAGACGAUAGAGUUGGAUUGAUUAAUGCAUGCAUCACCAUGCAUUCAGCUGAAGCCAGGAAAGAGAGUAGAGGAGCUCAUGCUCGUGAAGAUUUUACGAAAAGAGAUGAUGAGAAAUGGAUGAAACACACACUCGGGUAAAUAUCUCUAUUUCUCUCUUAAAUUCAAGAAAUAACAUCUUACUUUUUUUCAUGAAAUUAUAUGAUGAUAUUAAAAUAUGUGCAUAUACUGGGAGAAUGAGAAGGUGUGACUAGACUACAGGCCGGUUCACAUGAAUACUCUUGAUGAUGACGUGAAGACUUUCCCACCAAAGGCUCGCGUGUAUUAAUAAAAUCCUUGCACAUGGAUUGAAUUUGCUGGGUUACCAUUAUCAAGAAUUAUUUUAUUAUGCAAAAUUUUGAUAAUAAAUUGUUGUUGCAUUCGUUAUUUUGAUGCAAAACCCUAAAAACCUGCACAUAAGUUGUCUCUGGUAGAUCGUGUUUGUAACUUUGUUUUUUAGACUUAGAGC